AUAGGUUAUUCGGUCGGACCUUAUAAAGAACAGUGUACUUGAAGUUACGUUUUGAUCAAAGCCAAGGAAAUUGUGAUAUUAGGCGCCCGGGAAAAUAGAAACAGUGAUCGCUUCCAAGAGUAAAUAAAUGAAAGAUGAAUCAGUCACCUUAUUCGAGCCAUCAACCUAUACCAAUUGCUCCUCGUUUAGGGGGCUACGUCUCAGUCCCAUCCAACAAAAGAUCAUCACCGGCUAACGGCGGAGAUGAAGCUGAUGACUCUAGCGGUAGUGACCAUGAAAUGCUUGAAAGAAUGGAAAGUGAGCACGGGGCUGAGCAAGUUCUUCUGUCGCUGGCCGAAGCUGGAGUGCCUCCCAAAAAGAAAACAAAGGGAAGAGUUAAGAUAAAGAUGGAAUUCAUUGACAACAAGCUUCGAAGAUACACUACGUUUAGUAAACGUAAGACGGGAAUUAUGAAAAAGGCAUAUGAAUUGUCUACCCUGACCGGAACUCAGGUAAUGUUGCUGGUUGCCAGUGAGACGGGUCAUGUUUACACUUUUGCUACACGCAAACUUCAGCCAAUGAUUACGAGCGAAGCUGGGAAAGCAUUGAUUCAAACAUGUCUCAAUUCGCCAGACCCUCCUGUUGAGAACAACUCGGCCAAUCAAAGAAUGUGCGCUACGGGAUUCGAAGAAACAGAACUUACAUAUCCUAUCAUUGAUGAAGACGGGACAAAGAUAGAGGGGAAGCAACCGAUGUUCACAGUCGCAAAUAUUGCUGGUGCUGGGGCAGACGCCAAUGUCGCUUCGUCUUCUGUCAGCCAAGGUAUUGCUGGCACUGGUCAUACAUAUCCUAUGAAACACUAUAUGCCAACUGGUCAAGCACCUGGACAGGCAGGAGCCAUGCCCAUUCCAAUACCCCAUCAGACAUUUACCACUAUCCUACAGCCAGCUGGUACUGCCAUUCAAUUGGCUGGGUUGUCAGCACUUCAACAACAACAAAUCCAGGCACAACAGAAUUUACCACUUGGCCAGCAAGCAAUUUAUCGAUUACCACAGUCGAGUACAUCAACAUCCAGUAGUGCACAAUACCUGACAACAAUCUCUGUUCCUCAAGUAACCACAGCAAGUCAGCAGAGUAGCCAGUCGGGUGCAGUCGCAGUUCAAGUACCGCAGAAUGGAUCUGUUACCAGUACCACAAUGGCUUCAACAGUCUCCACACCAGUAAUGUACCAAACAGCGCAAGGCUUAGUUUAUGCUACACCUAACCAAGUCAAUGCACUGCCAGAAGGCUUAAUCCUCAACCAUGGCCUGGCCCAUGCAGUACCAGUAACAAAUCCGCAAGGUGUUCAAUUGGCAACCAUGACAACAGCUGUCAAUCAAAGUAGUGGUCAACAAAUGCAGGUGGUACCAGUAUCAAUACCUCAGACACAAGCAAGUUCACCUCCCACAACCACAAAUGGACAUUCUAGUGCUGAAAAGACACCCGAUAAAAGCUCCAAGUAACCACCUACAAACCUGUCAAUUUUUUAAAGAUAAUUUUAUCGUAAUUGUUUACACAGUUUCCGAUUAGAGUAUUUAUUUGAAAUUGAUUAAGUUUUUCCAGAGAUAAAUUGGCCAAUUAAGUUUUAACUAUCUGUAUAAUUAAUUUUCAGUUUAUGUUAAAUAAAGCUGGGCACUCGCUGAGCCCAACAUCGUCGUGGGACGCAAUUCUUUGUAAAACGCAAUGGUAUGAUGCGCAUGCUUUAAUGAAAUCCGUUUAGACUGUCACCGACAAUCAGCAGACGGCGUGGUGUUCUCUAGCGUUCACAGGGAGCGGAGUUGGGGUCGUCGUACGACAUACCGAGUGCCCGGCUUAAAAAAGUCUAUUUUUUAAAUUCUUGCGGCUGUCGGCUAAUUUUUAUUUAAGUUAAGCUCUGCCCAGAUUAUAAAAUUUACUUUGACAAAAACUGUUGUAUGCCCAUAUAUAGUC